CAGCCUAUCACACGCCGUCCAGGCUCCGGCGCACUCAAGUCUCUGCUGUGCGCUUUGUGGCUCAGAACAUGGAAAAUAAACUCAACGAAAGGAUGAUCACUAUUAGUACUUCGAUUGCUGACUCCACCGAUACAAGAGUAAGUGAAUUAAUUGAAGCUGGAUACAGUACUAAAUUAUCUAACGAGCCACCGUCUCUGACUUGCAUGUCCCCCUCCUCCGUGCGUAAUUAUGGUAACGCUGGCACAUUGGUCCACGGUCAUUCCAGCAGCGACGGUACCGUUUUCAAAGACUGUAACAUGCUCGAUGGUUCACUUGCUGCAAAACAUUUUUUUGGUCGUGGCACUGAAUUUCUUAAGUGUGACAGUGUGCCGUGGGAAGAUUUUGUAAAAGUUCAGAGGACAACUGUGGCCACAUCCGAAAGUUUGCCAGGCGCAAAUUUAAGCCUCUCCUCUACAGCCGGAGCGUGUAAAUUCAUUAAGGAUGAAAAUGAACCCUCUGUGAUUAUGGAAAGUCCGUGUCCCAGCUUUGAUCCAUCAUCAGAGAUACCUGAUCUUGACACCUGCUGCGACACGGACAGGAAGCAGCUGGGGCUUGGUGACGGGGAGUCGGCAGUUUCUACACCAGCGCUGGAGGGAUCUCCAAACUUUUUGAUCGACCUGAACCAAACAGAGCAAAUGCCCUUAUUACCAAAUGCCACUUUGCAGAGGACUGACUCCAGGUGUGGUUUGUCCGGGAAAGGUGUGAUGGAGUUUGACACUCAACUGGCGAUGUACAAGCCCGACGUUCCCCGCUGGCAGAUGCAGACGUCUCUUGGUGAGUCUCAGUACUGGUGCCAUUCUGCAGGGAUGACGGAGGACCCGUUCACAAACAACGGCUAUCAUGGGGUCCAGAGCCAAGCUUUGACUCAGCGGAACCUCUCACCUUUCACCGCUUUCCCCGGUAUGCCACCUCAGAGACAGUGUAUGAUCUGUGGUGAUGAGGCAUCUGGUUGCCACUACGGAGUCCUAACCUGCGGGAGCUGUAAAGUAUUUUUUAAAAGAGCAGUAGAAGGCCAUCAUAGCUAUCUCUGUGCUGGGCGAAAUGACUGCAUUGUGGACAAAAUCCGGAGGAAAAAUUGCCCUGCGUGUCGCCUCCGAAAGUGCUAUCAAGCAGGAAUGAUGCUUGGAGGCAGGAAGCUAAAGCGUUUUGGGGCAUUGAAAGCCUUGGGGUUGGCCCCGUCCCUGAUGUUCCAGUCCCACUUGGCCAUGUCCAACAACAAUCAGGCCUUGACCACCAUGUCGUGCAUACCAGGCAUCCGUGAGGUGCAGCUAUCGCAACAGAUCAUCAAUAUCCUGGAAAACAUCGAACCAGAGACCAUGUACUCUGGCUAUGACAGCACCCAGUCCGAUGUUACCCAUCUUCUGCUAAACAGUCUCAACAGGCUGUGUGAGAAACAGCUGCUGUGGAUCGUCAAAUGGUCCAAGUCUCUGCCAGGAUUUCGGAAUCUUCACAUCAAUGAUCAGAUGACCCUCAUCCAGUAUUCAUGGAUGAACCUGAUGGUGUUUUCUCUUGGCUGGCGCUCCUUUCAGAAUGUCACCAGUGAAUAUUUAUACUUUGCACCUGACCUGGUUCUUAGUCAGGAACAAAUGAGGAGAUCUCCAAUCUAUGACCUUUGCCUAGCAAUGCAGUUCAUCCCUCAGGAAUUUGCAAAUCUUCAAGUUACCCGCGAGGAGUUUCUUUGCAUGAAAGCCAUAAUAUUACUCAACACAGUGCCUCUUGAGGGAGUGAAAAGCCAGGCAGCAUUUGAAGAUAUGAGACAAAACUACAUUCGGGAACUGACCAGGGUCAUCCACAUAAAGGAGAAGGGCAUGGUGGCCAGCUCGCAGAGAUUCUACCACCUCACCAAACUGAUGGAUGCCAUGCAUGAUAUAGUGAAGAAGGUCAACCUGUUCUGCCUGAGCACCUUCAUCCAGGCAGACGCCAUGAGAGUGGAGUUUCCAGAGAUGAUGACCGAGGUCAUUUCCUCCCAGCUUCCCAAGGUCCUGGCAGGAAUGGUGAAGCCCCUCUUGUUCCAUACCAAAUGA